UCAACUUUUAUUGAACUAGUUUUAAUUUGUAGCCUCCUCCUUAACUUAAGCAUAAGAAUAAGUGGUCAGGUGCAUGUUUGCUUUGACCAGAAACUCUGCUUCUAAUGGCAAUUACGUUGGGUGAAGGAGCUUCUUCAUCUUCUGGUUUUGACCGUGGAUGGACUUAUGAUGUGUUCUUGAGUUUCAGAGGUGAAGAUACAAGGAGAAGCUUUACAGGAUUUCUGUAUCAUGGUUUGUGCCAAAGGGGUAUCAAUGUUUUCAUUGAUGAUGAGAAGCUCAGGAGAGGGGAAGACUUAUCCCCUGCUCUUCUUGGAGCCAUUCAAGAGUCUAGAAUUGCCAUCAUUGUCUUCUCUCAAAACUAUGCAUUCUCCACAUGGUGUCUUGAUGAACUUGCAAAGAUCAUUGACUGUUACAAAACCAGAGGGCAACUUGUGUGGCCAGUUUUCUUCCAUGUCGACCCUUCUGUGGUGCGCCAUCAGAGAGGAACUUUUCAAACAGCAAUGGCCCAACAUGAAGUCAGAUUCAUGGGUAAUGUCCAAAAGCUGCAGAAGUGGAAGAAAGCCUUGUUUGAAGCAUCCAAUUUCUCAGGUUGGACCUUAGAAAACGGGUAUGAAUUUCAGAUAAUCCAAGAUAUCGUUGAGGAGGCCUCUAGAAAGUUAAGCCACACCAUUUUGCACAUUGCUGAAUACCCAGUUGGAAUAGAGACUCGUAUAUCAGAAGUGAUGCCUCUUUUGCAGAUUGAACCGGGUGAAGAUAUUCGUGUCAUUGGGAUCUAUGGACUUGGAGGCAUAGGUAAGACAACAAUUGCAAGGGCAUUGUACAACAUGAUUGCAGGCCAGUUUGAAGCUACAAGUUUCCUUGCUGACAUAAGAGAAAGUUCAAGUCAAAGACAAGGGCUAGUGCAGCUUCAAGAAUCACUUCUUUUUGAUACUGUUGGGGACAAGAACAUCAAGCUGGGAAGCAUUUACAAAGGAAUCCCUAUUAUCAAGAAAAGGCUUUGUUGCAAAAAAGUACUUUUGAUCAUUGAUGAUGUUGACAGGUUGGAGCAGCUUCAAGCACUGGCAGGAGGACGCGAUUGGUUUGGUUUUGGAAGUGUGAUCAUCAUAACAACAAGAGAUAAGCACUUGCUGAGUGCUCAUCAGGUUGACAAAACCUAUGAGGUAAAGAAAUUAAACUAUGGUGAAGCUUUUGAGCUGUUCACUUGGAGUGCUUUCAAAAGGAAGACACCUGAUGCAGGCUAUUUGGAGGUUUCUAACCAUGUGGUUCUCUAUGCUGAGGGUCUUCCAUUGGCUUUGAAAAUAAUGGGAUCUAAUUUGUUUGGAAAAACAGUGGAAGAGUGGAAAUCUGCGUUGGGAAAAUAUGAGAAGAUUCCUAACAAAGAGGUUCAGAAUGUGCUAAGAGUAACCUAUGAUAAUCUAGAAGAGAAUGAGAAGGAAAUUUUCCUUGAUGUGGCAUGCUUCUUCAAGGGAGAGACAGUGGAAUAUGUAGAAAAAACACUGCAAGCCUGUGGUUUUUAUCCAACAAUUGGUAUCAGUGUACUUAUUGAUAGAUCUCUUGUUAGUGUUGAUGAAUAUAACAGGUUGAGAAUGCAUGAUCUAAUUCAAGACAUGGGUAGGGAAAUAGUUAGAGAAGUUUCACCUUUAGAACCUGGAAAAAGGAGUAGAUUGUGGUAUCAUGAAGAUGUUUUAGAAGUACUGACCGAAAAUAAGGGAACUUAUAGAAUUCAGGGCAUGAUGGUGGACCUCCCUGAUGGCUACAUGGUACACUUGAAAGAUGAUUCCUUCAAGAAGAUGAAAAAUCUCAAAAUUCUCAUAGUUAGAAAUGGAAACUUUUUUGGAAGCCCCCAACAUCUUCCAAACAACUUAAGGUUGCUUGAUUGGAUGAAAUAUCCUUCCUCUUUGCCAUCUAGUUUUCAACCAAAGAAACUUGUUGUACUCAACCUGUCAGGCAGUCGUUUCACAAUGCAAGAGCCAUUCAUGUAUUUGGAUUCCUUGACAUCUAUGGACUUGAGUUCCUGCGAAUUGUUGACAAAACUACCUGAAAUUGCAGGAGUCCCUAAUCUAACACAGCUAACUCUUGACUAUUGUACAAAUUUAGAAGAAGUUCAUGAAUCUGUUGGAUUCCUUGAGAAACUUGUUGAGUUUAGGGCUUAUGGAUGCACCAAGCUUAAGGUUUUUCCAAAUGCCAUCAGGUUGACAUCAUUGAGAAGUCUUAUCCUUAAUUGGUGUUCAAGCCUUCAAAAUUUUCCAGCUAUUUUGGGGAAAAUGGAUAACCUCAUUACCAUUUCUAUAGAAGGCACUGGUAUAAAAGAAUUGCCUCCUUCCAUUGGAAACCUUGUUGGUCUUCAAGAAUUAAGCAUGACAUCUUGCUUAAGCCUCAAGGAACUGCCUCACAACUUUGAUAUGCUUCAAAGUCUUACAAACCUUGAUAUGGAUGGCUGUCCACAACUCCGAAACUUUCUGACAAAGUUGGCAAACAUGGGAGAAUCUACACAUACCUUUGGCAACAUUUUGUCACUGAAUCUAGAAAACUGUGGCCUUAUAGAUGAAGACCUUCCCAUAAUUUUCAAUAGUUUCCCAAAUUUAGCAUCAGCAGUACUCUCAAGAAAUAAUUUUGAAGCUCUUCCAAGCUGCAUACAACAAUGUCCUUGCUUGGAACUACUUCACUUGGACAACUGUAAAAAACUCCAAGAAAUUCCAGCAUUUCCUCCUAACAUGCAGUACAUUAAUGCACAAAAUUGUACAUCAUUGUCAGUAGAAUCUUCCAAUUUAUUAUUGAACAAGGAAACUUUUGAGGGAUGGGAAUUACAGGCUAUGGUGCCUGGGACAGUGGUUCCAGAAUGGUUUGACCACAUCACCAAAGGAGAAUACAUGACAUUUUGGGUACGUGAAAAGUUUCCAGCUAUUAUCAUAUGCUUUGUUCUUGAGGUUGAAAGUGAAAUGAAGAAAAUUUUCAAUUGUGAAAUCCGCUUUUAUAUAAAUGGGGAAGAAGUUUAUGAAUUGGAAAUUCCAAGAGGCUUUUCAGAUAUGGUGACAGAUCAUGUGUGGCUCUAUGACUUGAGAACUCAUUCAUCCAUCAACUGGCGCAGUCUUGAUUUGUAUCUGAUGGAUGACUGGAAUCAGGUUGAGAUUUCAUGCGAGAAGAUAAGUGGAGCAUCAAAUGUAACUGUGAGUUGGUGUGGAGUUCAUGUGGUUAAGCAAGAAGCUAACAUGAAGGAUAUACUACUUACAGAUCCUGAUCCAGAUUUAGAUUCAGUUAUAGCUUCUGGAUCAAACACACUAGUUUUUGAUCAUCCAGUGAAAGCUCAACUACAAUCCCAAGUCACAAGCUUCAUACUACAGACACCUCAAAAUAAUAACAGCUCCACAAUUGUGCUGCCAACAACAGUUCAAACCAGCUUGACUGUGAAUGAUGCAGACAUGGAAGCAUUUUAUGCUGUUCUGGAUGAUGAGAUCUCUGUGGUGUCACUUAACAAUGAUUCAACAGUGGUUUCUAAAUUGACCAACCAAAGGCCAAGUGAAGAGACAAAGAAAGCAUUGAAGGCACUUCAAGCCCAUGUCACUAAAGAAUUUUCUGCUCUGCUGGGCCCUAAUGAAUACAGUACAAUGAAUGAUACCUUAGAGUACCUCACAAAUUUGCCAGCAGAAGAUGGAAUAUCAGUGGAAAUAAGAUCUCUGAUAAUACAAGUUUCAAGACAGUUCACUCGUUGGAGUAGGGAUUACACAUCUGAGAACAAGAAAGUAGAGUCUACCACAGCCAAAUUGUUGAAAGCUGAUGAACUAGAAAAGUGUCUUGAAGCUAAUAAGACUAACUUCAAGCAAGUGAUGUGCAUGGAAAAUGAGUUGUGCAAUGAUUUGGCCUAUUUGGAACAAAGAAAGAGAGAGCUAGAAGAGCAGAUAAAGGCUGUUAAAGCUAACAUCUCUGCUUCAGAAGCAGCUAAGAACAUGGCUACUCAAAUAAAAAGAAAAAUCUUUGGGGAAGCUAAGAUUUUGAAAGCUCAAAGAGAUGAGUUGAGGGAACAAGUGCCACACUUGAGAGAUGAACAGGAAUUGGCCAAGAAAAUUCAGUCAAAUAUCAGAGAUGAAUGGUCAAAGCUUGGUGAAAAAUUUAACUAUGAAUUAAGGCAUGGAAAAAUUGAUUAGUAUUAAUGAAGUCAAAGAUGAGUGAACUAAUAAUAUACCAAUGCCUUGUUUGUUUUCAUACUUUCAUACCUUGAAUUUACUGCA